CAAACUCAAUUUAUGACCUGAUCACCUUGCCAAUAUUGUCUGUGUCUGUGACAGACUCAGUCGUUCACAUCUAACUCUUCUUCUACUGUACCCUUUCACUAUGGCCCGACUCAACCUUACCCGUCCCUCUUCGCUCCAAGUAUCCCGCCACCAGAUCCCCCCACACAAUCUCAUUCCCAAUACCUCGAUUCAGAACAGACCCCUCAUAAUCUACCACUCAUGUAUCCCCCAAUUUGCAACUCCUGCAGAUAUAGAAGCCCAUCUCAAAGCUGUUGGAGUGGUGACCCCUCAAUGGCGUUAUUCCAUGUAUACCAAGACCCAUUUCCAUAGCACCACCCACGAGGUUCUAUGCGUGUCAUCUGGACGAGCUAAAUUAUGUUUUGGUGGCGAAGAAAACCCAUCCAGGGUUGAAGCUUCUGUCCAGAAAGGGGACGUCAUUAUUAUACCAGCUGGAGUUGGCCACCGACUUCUAAAAGACUUCAAUGGUGAUUUUGAGAUGGUAGGUAGCUAUCCAAAGGGGAAGAGUUGGGAUAUGUGCUAUGGGAGGGAGGACGAACUGCAGAAGGUGAAGGAGAUAAGUAGCCUAGGAUGGUUCGAGAAGGACCCUUUGUAUGGAGACGAGGCUCUGGUGUCAUAGCAGGGGAAGGAGAGAGCCUUGAUGGCUGCACGCAAGAGAAUGCAAUUGUAAUUCCCACCCAAUAUACCGGAA